AAAUUUUUAGCAAAGCCCUAUUUUGUAUACUCAUUAUAUCCUUUGUGUAAAAGAUCUGUACAGACGCGAGCAAAAGCCGUUAUUGUGACUUACACAUAGGUACAGUCGGUUACGGAAAUUAAUAACUUGUACUUUAUAACUCAGUAAUGUCACGUACAAUGUUUUAUUGUUUCGAACUGUUUAAGUACAGUCGCAGCCAACAGUAACAAUUACGUCCCGAAUGUAUAAUCACCUACAAAAUUACACAAAUAUAUUUUGUAAUCUUUAAUCUUUCUGAGUUCCAUUUGUUUCGAUACGAUAAAUUGAAUUGCAGAUAACAUAUGUUUGGUAUAUAACCAGGGUUUUCAUAUAAAAGUGUCAGUGUGAUUAUGUCAAUAAAUGUCUGACGGCCCGUCAGGGUUACCUCCGGCGUCAUUGUCAAAAUGCAAAACGCACGAAAUGUGGGCGGCUAUGACUCGGUCAAUUGAAAUUCUAGUGGCAUUCUUCGAGUACUAUGCACAAAGGGCGCAACUCGAAACCACAUCAACAAGUUCACCACAAGCCAAAUCGCCAGCCGGCAGCAGCGCCGGAGCUGUCGCCAGUGCAUCCACUGCGCAGGGAGAACGUACACCAACUGUCCACAAUAAACAGCUCCAGAAUGUCAAGGGACAGGAACAUCCGGCGCAUCCAUCUAUGGCGUUCCUGCAGAAUCGCUCUAUAUCCCUGGUCGACAUGUAUAUCGAUAACACGGAGCCCUCAGAGAAUGUGGGGCAGAUUCACUUCUCGCUGGAGUACGACUUUCAGAAUACUACCCUGAUUCUGAAGAUUAUACAGGGUAAGGAGCUCCCAGCCAAGGACCUCAGCGGUACAUCCGAUCCCUACGUGCGUGUAACCCUUCUACCUGACAAGAAACAUCGCUUGGAGACAAAGAUCAAACGCCGUACGCUCAACCCGAGAUGGAAUGAAACGUUCUACUUCGAAGGAUUUCCAAUACAGAAGCUACAAGCCAGGGUUUUACACCUACACGUCUUCGACUACGAUCGCUUCUCACGGGAUGACUCCAUUGGUGAGGUCUUCCUUCCUCUUUGUCAGGUUGACUUCAGCGAAAAGCCUUCUUUCUGGAAGGCGUUAAAGCCUCCAGCCAAAGACAAGUGUGGUGAGCUUUUGACAUCAUUGUGUUAUCAUCCCAGCAACAGUGUCCUGACUCUGACACUGCUUAAAGCCCGUAACCUGAAGGCGAAGGAUAUCAAUGGAAAAUCUGACCCGUACGUGAAAGUGUGGCUCCAAUUCGGGGACAAGCGCAUAGAGAAACGCAAAACUGCAGUAUUUAAAUGCACACUCAACCCAGUGUUCAACGACUCCUUCUCCUUCAACGUACCCUGGGAGAAGAUCAGGGAAUGUUCUCUGGACGUCCAGGUUAUGGACUUCGAUAAUAUUGGCAGGAAUGAGUUGAUUGGACGGAUAUUGUUAGCUGGAAAAAACGGUUCUGGAGCGACAGAAACAAAACAUUGGCAGGAUAUGAUUACGAAGCCACGACAAACCAUAGUGCAGUGGCAUCGCUUGAAACCAGAAUAAAUUGUUAAAAUUUUAAAAAAAACGUCAUAAGACUGAACGGUUAAAUAUGAAUUUCACUUCUUGAAUUUCCAGUGUCGGAAUGGAUGUGCCAAAUUUUUAUCCUUUUCUAUAAACUGAGUACAUGAAUUGUCACGCCAUCUAGUUUAUAUUUUCAGAUAUUGUAUACGUUUGAAGUUCGCCUUCAUUAACAAAUUGCCCUAAAUGUUUUAUCCAUUUUCAUAAAUAUGUUGCCACAUCCAUUUCAGACAUUAUCUUCAUGAUCAUGACACUAGUGCUGUGCUACGCAAAUAACAGUUCUAUAAAAUCACUGCUAGUCUGUGAUUUUCAGGGUUGCUUAAAAAUAGAAUAAUAAUUUUUAGCGUGAUCACGUUAAUCUUAUAAGAUUUUUUUAGAAAAAAUGUAUUUAUACUAAAAUAUUAAAACUGAAUUGUAUCUAUAUUUUUAAAUAACCCUGACUAGCACAAUACUCAAACACCAAUAAUGUAGUAAUAUGUCAAUUCAGUUAUUUGACGCAGAGCACUAAACGUUACAUUGCUAUGACACUAAUCUUUGCAGACUUUAGAAACCCUCAAAGAGCGCGUCGCAAGUCUUUUACGUGAGAAGGCAUUAUGCCUUGUGGAGUUUUAUAUUUUACGAUAAUUGGUAUAUAAGUAGAAAUAGUCUGUACAUUGCUUAAAUAUAACUACAAUUACAGCUAACGGCUCUUUGACUAAGAUUAGAAAACGUUUCACAUUAGUUAAAUUUAUUUGUCAGUCUUCAAACGCAACUAAAUAAAAAAUUCCAGUUAUAAUUUCAAAAUAUACACUAUAUGCGUCUUUUAAUCAUACUCUAAGAGCAAAUCGAUAAAAUAUAAGGCUCCCAUAUUAAUCGACUUAAGUUAAACUGUUCUAAACUCUAACAAACAUGCAAUGAUCUGAUAAUCUGGGCUUGAAACAAAAUUACUUUUCGACAGGCGUGACUCCCUAACCAAUCUAUUGUAUGAAAACGGUCAUAUGACCUAUAGAGAGCUAACGUCAUUACAAUUUCGUUUGGCGUUAUUAUGUGAUACCUGUCAAAAAGUGAUUUCAUCACAAGACUCUUGAAAACUAUCCCAACACUAUUAACUUCAAUCGAUUAAUACCUUACCUUUCAUACUCUUCUCUAAAAUUGACGUUUUAAUAUAAGAGUUGAAUUGAGUCAAUGUUAAAUUAUAAUUAGAAUUGUCUAUUGUUACGGUAGGUAUUGUAAAAUGAAAGUCGAGUUCGUAUCGCACAAAAUGAGUAGUUUUGACGUUUCGUCAUGUUAUGUAGAAACGUCAGUGUCAGUUCAGUUUGACAGUCGGUGUUAUCGAAACUUUUUACAACAAAUUAAUGGCGUAUAUCUAUUUUCUUAUACGAAUUUACCGUAUUACAAUAUUAAAUAUAGUUUAUAUUGAAUUUCAAAUAACUUUUCUCAUGUUUUAGUGAUCUUAAAAUGAACUAAAUCAAUAAUAAUGAUUUUUUGUGUUUCCUCAAUAAAUGAAUACCAAUUUCGAAUUAAAAGUUUUGAUAACACAGACAAUUUAUUUAUUCGUUGCAAAUAGUAUUUAGAAAUGUGGUUUAAUAUAGAAACGUAGAAUAAAUUUGUAGUUUAAUAGUUAACGUUAAUUUUUAAUUACAGGAUUAUAAUUUUUUGUAUUCUACUUGGAAAGUUAAUAUUAAAAUAAU